UAGCAAUGUAUUGCGAUAUAACGAUAAAACUGCUUUCUAGAAGCUAAUAUGAAAUACCAAAAGUGGCGUUCGUAAAUGCCAAAGGUCGUGGAACUGUGAGGUCUUUAUUCUCGGAUCGUUGAAAUUCUACAUCGUGAAUCAGGUAAAACAAGUGGUUCUUCGAUUUCAUUUCAUUCUAUUGUACUACUGGUAAGUUUUCAGUCAUUUUAAUAUAUAAUUCAAAUAAUUCAAAAGGUAGUAAGUGCCAUUUCUGACCGUUAAUUUGUCAUUAAUUUGUACACUUUUGUCAAACUCGUGUACUAAACAUCAGAGUUACUAAACAACUAAGUGUUCGGAUACUUAUGCGCGGUAAUGUAUGUUUAUUAGUUGAAUAUUCGAUUGCACCUGUCCAUUUAUCGAUGCAUAGGUGUAACGUCGAAAACAAGCACAUAUUCACAUUACACGAAUAAUAAAGAUAUUUGUACAAAAUUAUUUAUGUAGUGGAAAUACAUUAGCAACGUCAUGGAAAUAUAAUUUCAAUUGGAUUACCGCUUAUUUUAUACCCAGAAAUAUUUUAUAAUAUACAUAUACACUCUUUAUAUGUACCGCAUAUGCUUACGCGUGCACGAUACAGAUACGCACGCAUACGACACUCGCUCAUGAUAUUAAUCCACGCGCUUUUCAAUAUAUUUAUUUUAUGUAUUUUAUGCAGUAUUAUCUAGAAAACAAACGAUUAUAAAUUUUUCUUGUUAUUUUUAUCGAGAAGAAACGAAAAUUUAAGAACUGUUUCUUAUUAACCUUUAUGUUCAUAUUUAUUUAUUAAUUUAAAAUUCAAAAAUUACGUUUUUAAUACGAUUUUUAAAUUGUUACGUCUUUAAAAAAUGUUAAAAAUGAUUAUCUUUUGUUAAAUCAUCUUUACUCGUCAGUUGAAAUAGAUAUAAUGGAAUCUUUAAAGAACUCAGUAUCGUUUUCUUCUCUUUUUUUUAACUUGUACACCAAUUCAUCUUUUCAAUGCUGUUCUUUGUGUGUUAAGGAACGCAAUUGCUUUGUUUCCCUUAUAUUAGAAUGUCAUAAUGCAUUUUUCAAAUAGGAUGACCGGUUUGACAUCGAGAUUUAUCGACGAAAAUGUAAAAAUAAACAAAUAUAUUUUACGUUCUUAUACUUUCGAUUAAUAGUUCCUAAUCAAGGUUGAACAAUAGAGCAUAACUCAUGUUCGAUACGUCGUUGAAUAUCCGAUAUCGCGUAUUCACAGAUUUUAUGUAAAAUAAAGACGUACACUACCACUGUAAAAUUAAGUAAAUUUAUUUUAUUUUCACUCUUCCCUUUAUUAUCAGGGGUCGAAUCACAACAAAAAAGAAAAAAAAUAUCCAAACGCUAAAGAGAACAUGUGCCAAAGAAAGACAUUGUCCUAUUGUUACUGUUCUCACAAUGUUUUGGGAAACCGUAAUGACUUUUUAGAUGAUCUGGACUAUAUGUAUGAUCGAGGAAUCGAAGAUGAACUGGAGGAUGAUUUUGUAGUUGGUCAGCGACGUUACAAGGAACGAGCUGCCGCUGCGUUUGCCGAAGAUUUGGCUGACUUGAGGCGCAAACGAAGGGACAUGCAGGAUCGUAUAUUUGACGUGAUUAAUUUGAAUGCUGAGAUCGAAAAAGCUAAAAAUACCCUGGAACAAGCGGAUAUGGCUUUUCAACGACAUGCAACGAAAUUUGACAAUUCUGACGUAAAUGAGGAGAUGAUAAUAAAGAAAUUCCCGAAUAUAGAAAUUUUGUCAGAAAAGACACCACCGAAAAGCGUCAAAUUUAUAAAGCUCCCUAAUGUAGAUAUAGAGUCUUAUAUGCCACAGCCUAUAAAGUCAAGACAAGACAAAAUUAACUCCUAUUUAGAAUCGAAUGAUAUUGCAGAUCCAUUAAAUACUAUUGCGUUGCUACCAUUAAAGAGGAAAUUUUCGAAUAAAAAGAAAAGUGUUUCGUUUUAA